UUGUAAUACCGGACCGCGGCCAUAGUACGCCAUAUCACGGGCGGGGCAUGCAGAACAUGUUUUGUGAAGUGCAACGGUAAGUGCAGCGUUUUGCUCUGUGGUUCCGGUUGCAGGCAGUGUGGUGACAGCGCCAAACAACUUAUAAACAAGGUCACUCACUCGUCCACUCACAAUGGCCAGUGAAUUAAGUGGGAAAAUACAAACCGUGCUAGGGACCAUAGAUCCCUCGGGUCUGGGCAUGACACUGACGCACGAACACCUGAACAUCGACUAUAAGCCGUGCUUCGCUGAACCGCCUGCAAAGUAUAAGGAUCAUGUGAACCUGCCGCUUACCAUUGAGAACCUGUGGUGGAUCCACCGCUAUCCGUAUUCGUGUUGGGACAACCUCGAGUUGAAGACCGUUCAAAAAGAUGUCACAAAUGAGCUCAAAUUCUUUUACGAGAACGGAGGUCGGUCCGUCGUGGAUGCAACGACGAUAGGGAUUGGCCGAAAUUUGACCGAGCUCGCCGAACUGUCCAAAGAGAGUGGAGUUAACAUCAUCGCGGGCGGUGGGUAUUAUUUGGGAUACACCCACCCUCCUGAAAUGAGUACCAUGACCCAGGAGGAGCUCGUACAAGGAAUGGUCCAUGAGAUCACCGCAGGGGCCGACGGGACUAAACUCAAAUGUGGACUCAUCGGCGAGAUUGGCUGCUCCAAUGAUAUAUUGCCUAACGAGAAGAAAGUGCUCCAGGCGACUGCGGAAGCCCAGCGGCAGCUGGGUUGCCCCGUGCUUAUCCACCCGGGCAGGUUGCCCAAAUGCCCCGCCGAGUGCCUUCGCGUCUUACAGGAGGCCGGAGGGGAGGCUGACAAGACGGUCAUGUCUCACAUCGAUCGUUGUCUUUUCAACCGCGAGCAAGUCUUGGAGUUUGCCGAGAUGGGCGGCUACCUGGAGUUCGACUUCUUCGGUACCGAGGUAACUUACUAUCAGCACGACGAGACGGUACCCCUGCCCAGCGACAUCCAGCGGAUCAGACUCAUUAAGAUUCUCGCGGAGGAAGGCUUUGAGGAUAAAGUCGUCAUCGCUCAUGAUAUACACCGCAAGAUGCAACUGAUGAACUACGGAGGCCACGGCUACUCGCACAUCAUUCUCAACGCCCUGCCGAGAAUGCUGGUGAGCGGCUUGUCCCAAGAUGUCAUCGACAAGAUCACCGUGGACAACCCGCGAACUUGGCUGACGUUCAAGUAAAGGCACCUGAGUGUACGGCGGUGUGUUGCCGCGAUCGCUGCCCGGUGUAGAGGUGGAGAUAAACUUUCUCUCGUGUCGCGAGUAAGGUUUAUAUUAAUAAUUGCCAUAGGGCAGCGUACAAAGUGAGUCUUUUACAAGUCCAGUCAGGCUUGAUUUAAGACUAGAUGGCGUGUAAUUAACCUGUGAAUAACACCUGACUUCUGAGCACUACUCUAAAACUGAAGCUGGAGACACAUACCUUUUAUUAAGUGCCUUAUUAAUCCUAAACUAAUAUUUUUAAUACAUACCGGAGCAGUAAACGAAUAUGAAAGGUAUUAACACACUGAAGUUGGUUUUUACAAAACUCAAAAACACAUUGAAUUUCUACAGCAGUUAGACUUGCUUUGCAUUACGAAGUAAAAAAAACACAUAAAAUAUUGAGAUAAAUAUUAAAUAAACACAUUAACAAUUCAACCAAUUAAUAUAAAAAAUAUUUAAAAAUACGAUAACCACCUUGGUAUUUGCAUUAUCACUGGAUCACUGUAUUCAUGAAUAAUUUUCAUAAUCUAGGAAAAGGCACAUUGAUUGUAACCCCUGCGUUAUAUUAACCAAUUUCAGUUUAAUAAAAAUAUAAAAUGCUGCAAAAC